CCAAUAUCAAUGUGCACAGAGUUCCCCACUAUGCACCAUACACAAGUACCACCUGUGGUCUUCGCCUAAACUGCUGAUUGUUAACAAAUAACAAGCCAGUCUCUGGUUCGCUGGGUACACGGUAAGUACCUCGAUGUCUCUACUCUUCUCGCGGUACUACUUGCAUGGUGAUAGUGUCGGUAAAGUGAGAGGGAUAGGGCCUACAGCCCGCAUAGUGAAAUAAAAAUGACUGUCUCAUACAGUGGCAGAGUACCCAAUGGUAGUACCUUUGGGUGUUUUUGGAAAGUACUUGGAAUAUGGCGGGGAAGUGUAUAUAAACUAGUGUGGAGAGAACUUUUAGCAUAUUUGUUUUUCUAUUAUGUGAUAAAUUUAGUAUAUAGGUUUGGAUUAACGGACCCUCAACAAAGGGUCUUCGAAUUAAUCCGAAGAUAUUUUAGCCAAAUGAAUGAGACAGUACCAAUGUCUUUCGUAUUAGGAUUUUAUGUAACAUUAGUAGUGAAUAGAUGGUGGGACCAAUACAAACUUCUUCCAUGGCCUGAUACUCUUGCCUUGUUCCUCAAUGCGGGCAUUCCAGGCGGGAAUGAAAGACAAAGACUGAUGAGAAGAAAUAUAGUGAGGUAUGCCGUUUUAGCAUACGUUAUAACGUUACAAAGGAUUUCACUUAGAGUUAAGAAGAGAUUUCCAUCAUGGCAACACGUUGUAGAUUCGGGUCUUAUGAUGGAAAGCGAAAAGAAAAUUUUCGAAUUGAUGGACCAAAGAACUCCGAUGUCGAAAUACUGGAUGCCCCUAGUAUGGGCGACCAAUAUUAUCAACAGAGCAAGGAAAGAAUCGAUAAUAACCAGCGACCAUAUAGUUCAAACUCUACUACAAGAGCUAUCUGAUAUAAGGAGGAGAUUAGGGGCUUUAAUUGGAUAUGAUACUGUUAAUGUGCCUCUCGUAUAUUCACAGGUGGUUUCCCUAGCGCUGUACGUCUAUUUCAUUUCAGCCCUCUUAGGAAGACAAUUUGUGAAAGAUGUCGACAAGCUAAACACCAAAUAUGACAACAUCGAUAUUUAUUUUCCAUUUUUUACGACAGUCCAGUUCUGCUUUUAUGUGGGCUGGUUGAAAGUGGCAGAGGUAUUGAUCAACCCCUUCGGCGAGGACGACGAUGACAUUGAACUAAACUGGCUCAUUGAUAGGCAUAUCAAGGCUUCCUACAUGAUAGUCGAUGAAAUGCACGAAGAACACCCAGAACUCCUUAAAGAUCAGUACUGGGAAGACAUAGUACCCAGGGAACUACCCUACACAGUAGCGUCAGAGCACUACCGAAAAGAAGAACCCAAAGGUUCCGCCGAAACGUACAAGAUCAAAGCCCAAGAUGCUGUCUAUGCCAACUUGAUUACGCCGAAAAAAUCGCUUUUGCCCGAAGAUAUGUAUGCCGAUUAUGAAAGCGUCGACACCCCAAUCGUAGAAAGGCGAAAAAGUGCGAACUGGUUCACCAGACAAAUUUCUAGAACUGGCAUGGGAUCCAUACGAUCAUCUUCUACUGCCUACUCUUCUGGAGGUCUCUUUGGACGCCAUAGAGGGUAUUCCAUUGAUAACCCCGAAAACGGGCAGUUACCAGGGCUACAACAACCAAAAAUGUCAAUAUACGACAGAUUAGUGGGGCGGAAGUCCGGCAGAACUAGGAAUUAUAAAGCAAGAGCAACCAAUAUUCAAGUAAAAAACAGGCCAAGGAUUCCAACUCCUGAUGUCACAAAAGAAAUCGUUGACAGAGAACAAAAGCUACACCACCACGCUCCACACAGCCUGCAAAAUCAAAUGUCAGCUGGAUUGACUUUGACGUCUCAGCAAAUUCCCACGAGUUUCAUGUCAUAUCCUACCGUUGAUGUUCCAGUUGUACAGGUGGUUCUGUCACCGAUUCAAGAGCUUGACGGUAGCGGAUCCGUAAACAGUACUUUGCACCCUAAUCAACCUGGCACCGCCGCACUAGCACAAGCCGUACUCUCUCCAGGAUUGGGCCCCGUACUAACCACACCGGUCAGCGUACCUAUGACAGUUUCGCAGCUAACUUCCCUCGGUUUCGCUUCGAAUUCAAAUAGCCCGCUAUUAGCUAGAGCUUUCGAACAAAAUUCUUUGAGAAAUCCGGCGUUCAUACAGGCUUUUGAACACCUCCAAUCAGCCUCCCCAUCCCAACAUUUGACUCUAACAGAAGUCCACUCAGAAGACGACAAUCCGUCAGUAAACAGAAGCAACAACAACUCUCCGGCAUCGAACGCUUCCAACACCUCAAAAGGAUCUAUCGCCUCUAACACGACAGCGUCGAUUAGUUCUAAGCAGUCUCUCGAGGCUCAGUCUCACGAAAAUUCCGGUGAUACGCUGGUUUUGAGUAAUUUCGACGCGCUGCCGAAUUUAUCGACUCCAAUGACUCACAGAAAAACCGGUAGUGCUCUAUCCAGUCUUUCUAAACCAGACAGCUCUUUGUCGGCUGGCUCUAGCUUGUCACCGUCAGCUUCAGCUCCGAACUCGUUGGUAUCUCUCGGCAAGGACAACAGAGCAAGAAAGAUAUCUACGGUGUCGCAGAGCGCUGCGGAUUCUAAGAAAAGAGAGGUAUAUGUGUGAUGGCGGAUUUAGAAUAGAAACGUAUUACAAAAGUCCAGUCGGCAGGUCAAUCAAAUGUAUUUAAACAAAGGUAAUUGGUAGAUCUUUGAAGGGGGUUGAACAAAUAAAAAAACCACCUGUCGGCUGGUUAAAGAGGUGCUUUUUAGAAAAAAAAAAUAUGUACAAAGAUUAAGGUUGAUAGUCGUCGUAAAAUAGAUUUUAGAGAUCUCUUUCACGGUUCUUCAUAAACAAUUAAUUAGACAAAGAAAGUUUGUGCUAUCGAAUCUUUAAAUAGUGCCUUGGAAACGUACCGCAAUGAUUUGUAUCUGACAUUUUUGUCGCCAUGGUGAUUAGUGCCACAUUUCGUCUACCUAGUCUUUAAUGAGUGGCCAAUUUUAACAAAAAUUGAAAAUACGCAUCAUAAUUAUUUACAAGUUUAGCUUGAAAGCAAAUAUAAUAAUUGAUUUCUUUUGACAGUACAUUGGAUUGCCAACAUAUCUAUAAAAGCAUGAAGUUGGAAUUUAUAUCAACUUACAAGCCACACUUUUUGGCGUUUGGAAUAAGAAUAAGUGCAAAAAGUAGAAAUAACAAAAGAGGUGUCAUAACGAGAAACUAAAGUCGGGAGAGAUUGAGCUCCACUUCAAUUUUAAAUGAAUUUCAUUGGCAACGGCCGAUUAUAUAAGUAGUACAUUAUCAUCUGGUGAUUCUAAUUCAGUUACGUUUUAUGUAUCAGUAUUAAUUGAUUGAGCUUCUAUGAUCUUACUUGUUUGGUGUUAGAAGUAUUUUUAUUAUUAAAAUUUAUUGUUUUCGACGUAGACUGUGAUACAUUUAUAAAAAAUUCGUAUGUAGGUACCUACAUGGCGUAUAUGGAUUCAUCUACAUUUCAGAUGGAUCAGCGCCGGCAAUAUCCGGACUAGGUAAAAGAAUUCAUUCAUGGACACUAGUUCUUUGUUUCUCUUGCUUGACUCAUGUUUGAUAAAGAUCGGCGUGUUUGCUGGUUUUGGCGAAAGCCGUGUACACAAAAUAUCCGCAAAGAUAUCGGAUUAAAAUGAAUAGCUCAAAAUAAAAUUAUUUAAUUUUUAUAUAGGUAUUUAAUUUAGUUUUCUUGUGGAGCGUCUGUUGAAUUUUUAUAGUUGUAUGUAUUUGGUCAAUUAGGGGAUAUGGCUGCUUUCCAACAAGACCGGUGCAACUUAUAAACAUUAAUUUUUCGAGAGAAGCUCUUAAAAACUUUGUUAAACGAUUACCUCUGGUAAUAUAAAAUGUGGUUACAGAAAUGAUGGAAUCACGUUAUAUUAUUAGUAUCUAAUAAUGACCCUUAGCUUAUUUUUAUGUUAAAAAUAACUCUUAUAUAAAAUAUUUUGACAGAAAAAAUAAAAAGUGAGUUUUCCAUACAAAAAAUCAAUUAGAUUAAGUCUUAAUGUCGCUUAAGAAUAAAAGUCCCCCCUUUUUUUCCAAGAAAAAUAGUCCAAACUCCAAAUGAAACGUUACCUUUUUGAUCAAAUACUUUUUAAAACAUAAUGCUUAAAUAAAAUAUAAAAUAAAACUGAAAGUUUUUGUGUUGCCAGUAUUUCUAAAAAAAUUGUAAUAUAAUAUAAAAAAAAAUUGUUACUUUUUAUUUUGUGAUAAUCUUGCAAACAAACUCGCGAGGUUAUUUGGAUAAGUAUUGGUCAGAACGCUCUCUGGCCAAACUACGCACAAUUUUUUGUCGAUCUUAUAGGUAAAUUUCAACUGUUUUUUAAGCAUAAUGGUACAAAAAUCAUAAAACUGAAAAAAAUUGAGUUGAGUGACUGUCUUGUUGGUACGCAGCGAUAUUUCUUUUUUAAUAAUUGUGGGAGCUUUUCUAAUACAUCAAAAACAGUAUUCAUGUUAAAAUACUCCCAUUUAAAUGUUCGAGGUCAUGGCGAUAUUUUUACGGUAAUAUUUGUAAGUGGAAUACAAAAUCAACCAAUCACAGAAGAGUUGCGCCUACAGCCUAGAUUAGGACAAAUAAUAGGGGAAAUUCGGGUAACUGUGCGCAAAUUUAAAAUUUGUUUUGAAACGAGAACAACUUCUGUAAAGGGGAAUCGCCGAGAGGCUUAGUAAAUAGUUCAAAGUAUACCCUACAUUACGGCCUAUAUUAAACAAAUCAUUUAAGCAAAAUUAAUACCCUACAAUAUUUUUUAAAAAUUUCUACACUGAGCACAGUUAACUUACAUGUAUGGGUGAUAAGUCACAUAUAGCGGGUGAAUUGGCGCGUCACCGGGUGAAUGUGCGCUUUACACCUUAAAUAUUUUUUUCUUGUAUAUUAAUAAAAAAACACACAGAUAUUAAUGUGCAAAAAUAAUGCUUUAAUUCUGAAACAGUUACAUAUAAAUAUGCUUAAAAAAUAAUUGAAAAGAGGAACUAAAAACAUUGAAUUCUUUGAAAAAAUAAAAGGUAUUCUAAUCACAAUUGUCAUUUUCUGGUGAGUCAUAUCCACUGCAAAGAGCGCGAGCUCAAUUCGAACAUAUAGUGCACCUAUACCAGGUUUCAGAUUUCAGGGGCAACUCUCCACAUAUUAAACACUCAUUUUCAUCAACAUCUGGAUAAUCAUCGCAUUCUUCAUCAUCGCAAAGCAUACUGUCACUGUCAAUAGAUUCAACCUCGCUAUCACUCUCUUUGAACAGUUGACUUUUUACGUUCUUUCUUUUCUUGGAUUUUGUUUUGCUAUUGAUCUUUUUAAUAUUACUCCGGCGAUCAAGUUUUGUAUUUUUCUUCCUGUCUCUUCUAGCUCGUCUAUUUUUGUUUAUUUUUUUCUAUUAUAGGUACUUAUUAGUGCUGCUAGUACGGGAAAUUGGAGAUAAAGUCUCCGCUGUUACUACAUGUUUGACUUCUAAUCGUUCGGAAAUAGUUUUUGAGGGUGAAAUUCUACCUGGCCCUGAUUUAGAUGCCCACUCAGAGCUGCUGCUUGCCAAUGAUUCAGUAACUAGAUUCUGCAUUUUACUUGAUGUUCGAUGCAAUGUUGGCUACUAUGUUUUGCUUGUCGAUGGUUGACUUUCUGAAUUCAAAAUCACAGACGCAUCAUUUGGCUUGGAAGAAAUAUUUUUAUUUUUAUUGUCAGGUAAUAUAUUUUCGUCAUUAAUAGGUCGAAAUUGGGAUGCUGGUCCAAAGUCUUCCAAAGUAAAUUUGUCUGGCUGGAAGGGGUAUAUACCUGCAGACCUAAACCCAGAUAUCGCUUUUUCCAUCGUCGCUACUUUUACAAAAGCUUUAUUGAAAAUUUUAGCCGAGUCAUACAAGUCGCAUUCUUGAUUGUAUGCUGAUUUCAAACAGCCGAAAAACUUGAG